AUGAAGCAGUUCAAUCCAACAUUGAGACAACUCAAGAGUACAUACAUAGGAUCAUCAUGUGUCGAUCAGUCUGACAGUGAUCAGUUCUUAAUCACUCUUUCACAAUCUAUUAUGAUCUUUAGUCCUUUGGAUGGCACUGGAAUACAUCAAUAUAGUAUGUUGGAUAUGCCGCCAUUGAGAAGUAGUUACAACUUGAAUAAGGGAGUGAUGUACGUUAGACAGGAUACAUUGUCAAGUAGUCCACACUUUAGACAGGCUAGAUUCUCACCGUUGAUCAAUGGUGGACGACCACUCAUUGCAGCGUGCACCAAUGACUUUCACGUGCACAUCUUUGCCCCGCCCAACCUUGCACUCAACACCUUCAAACCCGACUGGCAAAGCGUCGCCGUCUUCUCCGACUACCUCUUUGAGCACUUUGAGAAGAACGACUUCAAGCAACCCGAUGACGAUGGUGAUAGCUAUCAAUGGAAGGAGCAAUAUGUCAUAAUCAAUCGAUCACUUGAUGUCAAUGACAAUCAUGUGAGACAAUCAGAGCUGAUGGAUACGUUGUGUUUGGAUUGGUCACCUUCAUUCGAGACCGUGGUCAAUGGUGCUGUAUUGCAACGCACUUCAUUACUGGCAUUGGGCAGCAAGCGCAAGCUGACUCUUUGGUCCUUCAAUCUCGAGUCCAACAGCUCAGACAUCAAAUCAAUGUUCAAACACUUUGGAACAUAUCGUCCAGGACGUGGAUGGAUACAACAACUUCAAUGGGCACCAUAUAUGAUCAACAAUCGACCUGUACUAGCUGUUGCCACCAGUCGCGGAGCAGUCUACAUUCACACAUUUGACCAAGAUGGCAACAUCGAACAACUGGCACAAGUCCUCGAACAAGAUGACUCACCAAUCACUUUCCUGGAUUGGUCCAAAUCACAUGAUAUACAAGAGAGCAUAUUGGUCAUUGGCAAGGGUAUUGGAUUCCAUUUAUAUCAACCAAUGAAGAAGUUGUUGUCACCAUUGCUAUCAUUUGGACAGGUUGGCAACAUCACUGGCGCAUUCUUCCUCACGUCCAACCAAUUCUAUACAUCAUGUGCCGAUGCAACAUUAUACAAGUUCACAACAACUGAACGCUAUUGGAAAUCAUUAGACAUUAAGGAUCUAAAUGUGGAGAGAAUUGGUCUACCCUAUGACCCACAAGAGAAGUCAGAGAACUACUUCCAUGCACUUCCAUCUCCCAAUGGAAUGUUCCUAAUCGUUGGAGAGAAUGUACCAGGUGUCAAGGCAAUGUUCAAGGUACAUAACCUAUCAUCAGCCAUCAAGAUUUAUCAUACCUUGGACUUUGACAACUAUCUACUCAGUUUCAUCAAGAGAUACAAUCAAAACAAGGACAGCCUGUCAAAGAUAUGGGAUGUACUGGUGUACCAACAAUGUUUGAAUGAACAUCAGUUGGUGGAAGUAUUGGACACUAUUAUUGCCGAGUUGGAUCGUCUACAGAAUAAGAAGAACAACAGUCUAAAUGAUUACUACCACCUCUACAUCCUAUUCAUAUACACGUACAACUCAAUCAAGACAUUAUAUCCAAAGAGAUUGAUCGAUCAGUGGACCAACCUUUGCAAACUAUUCAUGUCCAAGAUUGACAUGGUCUACACCGUCAAGAUAUUAUCCAACUUCUUGACAAACCGCAAACAAUAUCCACUACUGGAUCAUGAACGUACAUCAUUACUAUUGAUGUGUGAUUGGCUACUGGAGAUCAAUCAUGAGAAUGUGAUCAGUGACAAGGAUACACAGUUGUCCACUGCCAAACAAGUGUACGCACUCCUGAAUGAACCAAUACCAGAUCCAAAGAGUCUGCCACACCGUGAGCAAUGUGUCUAUUGUCAAGCAGACGUUGCCAACAAACCAUUGUCGAGUGGAUCUGGUGAGCCUGAACAAUGUGGUAAUGGAUGCGCAUUGUCAAGAUGCCAGAGGACCAAGCUGUUGUUGAACACUCACAUCCUGUUCCAUUGUGAUAUGUGUUUGAUGAAGUCAUUGAUAUUCAAGAGGGAGGCGACAUCAGUGAUCGCCGCCAACGAUGCGACCACAUCAAACAUAUUCAAGACAUUCAACUUCAUGAACUUGUUGACGCAGAAAGAGGUGGACAACCAACGACCGUCCUGUUUAUAUUGCGGCUGUACCUACAUUAGAAAGUCGCCAUUCGAUAGCACUGCUACAGCAAUAAAUCCAUGA